UUGUUUAUUUAUCUUUUAUCUUCCCCCUCCACAGCUCCGAGAAUGGGCGUGAGAGCCGCCAGGUGAACAAGGUCUCUACUCGCUCUGAGCUCCGACCGCUCGGCCAGUCCAUGUAACGUUCAACUCCAACCUCGGAGAAGAAACAAAAAACUGGAAACAUGCCUACGGGGAUGAACAGAGGAGGUUCCCGCUCCACCACUUCCCUGCCCCCAGACCCCGUGGAGAUCAUCAGGAGCAAGGCUUGCUCCAGGAGGGUCAAACUCAACGUUGGGGGGCUAGCCCACGAGGUUCUCUGGAGGACAUUGGACCGGUUGCCCCGCACGCGUCUGGGCAAGCUGCGAGACUGCAACACUCACGAGUCGCUCAUGGAGAGCUGCGACGACUACAAUCUGGAGGAGAACGAGUACUUUUUCGACCGACACCCCGGAGCUUUCACGUCCAUUUUGAACUUUUACCGCACGGGCAAGUUGCACAUGAUGGAAGAGAUGUGUGCCCUGAGUUUCAGCCAAGAACUGGACUACUGGGGCAUCGACGAGAUCUACCUGGAGUCCUGCUGCCAGGCCAGGUACCAUCAGAAGAAGGAACAAAUGAACGAGGAACUCAAGCGGGAAGCUGAGACCAUGAGGGACAGAGAGGGCGAAGAGUUUGAUAACACUUUCUGUGCAAUAAAAAGGAAGAAACUCUGGGACCUAUUAGAAAAGCCAGGCUCCUCGGUGGCUGCCAAGAUCUUGGCAAUAAUAUCCAUCCUUUUCAUCGUAUUAUCAACAAUUGCCUUGAGCCUCAACACGCUUCCUGAACUGCAAGAUGAGGAUGAGUUUGGGCAGGUGACGGACAACCCCCAGUUGGCGCACGUGGAGGCCGUGUGCAUCGCGUGGUUCACCAUGGAGUACCUCCUGCGCUUCCUGUCCUCGCCCAACAAGUGGAAGUUCUUCAAAGGUCCGCUGAACGUCAUCGAUCUGUUGGCCAUUCUGCCCUACUACGUCACGAUCUUCCUCACCGAGUCCAACAAGAGUGUCCUCCAGUUCCAGAACGUCAGGAGGGUGGUCCAGAUCUUCCGCAUCAUGAGGAUUCUGCGAAUUCUCAAGUUGGCCAGGCACUCGACGGGCCUGCAGUCCCUGGGAUUCACCCUCAGGAGAAGCUACAAUGAACUGGGCCUGUUGAUUCUCUUCCUGGCCAUGGGUAUAAUGAUCUUCUCCAGCUUGGUGUUCUUCGCCGAGAAGGACGAGGAUGACACCAAGUUCAAGAGCAUCCCUGCUUCCUUCUGGUGGGCCACCAUCACCAUGACAACGGUGGGAUACGGUGACAUCUACCCCAAAACCCUGCUGGGCAAGAUCGUGGGCGGGCUGUGCUGCAUUGCUGGGGUGCUGGUAAUCGCUCUCCCCAUCCCCAUCAUUGUCAACAACUUCUCCGAGUUCUACAAGGAGCAGAAGAGGCAGGAGAAAGCGAUCAAGAGGAGGGAGGCUCUGGAGAGAGCCAAGAGGAACGGGAGCAUCGUCUCGAUGAACAUGAAGGACACCUUUGGCCGCAGCAUGGAGCUGAUGGACAUCGUGGUUGAGAAAAACGGGGAAAACCUGGACAAAAGUGAGAAACUGCGGGACAAUAGUCUCUCCCCCAGCAAAUGGAAGUGGGGGAAGCGGACUGCAUCUGAGACCAGCUCCAAUAAAUCCUUCGAAACCAAAUACCAAGAGCAGAACUCUCCGGAGAACGUCCGCAACCCAAACGCCAGCCCGCAGCAUCUCAACGUGCAGAAGCUGGAGGAGAUGUACAGCAAAAUGGCAAAGACGCAAUCUCAGCCCAACAUGAACGUGGAUCAAAUGGAUCAGACGUUCAAAGUGAAGAAACUAAAUCAAAUGGAAAUGGAGAAGAUUUCUGUCCCCUCUGACCCGCUCUUGAGUACUCCAGAUGGGAUUGUCGACAUGCGCAGCUUGUCAAGUAUAGACAGCUUCAUUAGCUGUGCCACGGAGUUUCCUGACCCUGCUAAGUUUACUCACAGUCCUGCAGCCUCCGUGCUUAAUAAAGCUUCUGUCAACCCAGCUCUUGAAAGAAUUCAGGAUCAAACACCACCACCAGCCUUGAUCCAGAACAACGCCCCUGGUUGGCAAGUGGCUCCAGCAAUAGACAGCAACUAUUACAAGAACUUCCUGGGCAUCAGCAGCAUCAACGCAGGUUUUCUCGGUGGGGCUGGAGAUAGACGGGGUCCCAGCCUCUCCGAGAUUCCCGAGGGCCCGAGCAGGCAAGGAAAUCCCAUCAAAUCCAGGCCGCUCAAGGUGAACUUCAUGGAGGGGGACGUCCAGAAUACACUCUCUGCCAUCGUACACCCCAGCGCGAUUGGAUCCAAAAGCAUCACAGGGCCACUUGAUGGACCAUUGCACAUGGAGAGACACCUCGCCAGCAUCGAAGCGUCGAUAACUUGCUCCACCUCUGGGACCAAAUCUCCGGAGGACAUCAUAGUGCCUGACGCCUUCACCUUCCACGACGACGGGGUGAAGAAGUACAUUGACGCCGACAGCGAUGAGGACGAGCAGCCGCCGGAUGGGAGGAACACUUCUGCUGCUGGGUCACUGAGUCUGAGGUACCCCCACAUCACCAACAGCGACCACCCAGGUCAGAAGGAAGGCGUUUACCGGAGGGACGGGAACCACUUGGAAGGAUAUCUCGCCACUUCUACAGCCAAGCACUUUGGACAAAACUGCCUGUACAACGUGGAAAGCGCAACUCGCCGGGCGAAGAGAAGUGGCAGCCAGGAGGGGAACAAGUUGGACAACCAUAUCUCUCCAGAGAUCCACGUCACAUCGGGGGAGAGUGGAAACUCCACAGUGUACGACGACAAGAUCUGACUGUAGCGGUCUGCCGGGUUAUCGUCUGGGCUGGAGUCGUGGCGUUGAAAGUGCAUAUCCUCAAACGGAACAGAGCUCAGUAUUUUGCAUGGCAUGAAAAACUAUUUCAAGCAAGCGUUACCUUUUACAAUAUAAAGGUAAGUUACUUGGGAGGGAGCCUGAGAACAUUGAGCAAAAUGUGAAGGUCCCGACCAUGGAAGAUGUAGCACUGAAGAUGGGAAAAAUAUACCAAACUUUCUGCAAAACUCCUGCUAACUCAUACCAUUAAAAUUUGAUCAGGAUUAUUUUUUUCAAUACUUAAAACUCCUUCUGCCUGUCCAGUGAACGACGGCAAAGAGAUUUACUCCAAAAUACACCGCUUAAACAUAGACAUCGUGAUGUGCUCUGAGAGAGACGCAGGAAGUGGAUCAUUUAAAGGGUGCUGCCCCAGUUCCAUGUACAGACUCUGGUUACAUAACUGAACCGCAUUGGAUCCCAGUAAUGCAUCGUGUCAUUUGCCCGACAGAGAAAGGAAAUGCUUGUCCUUUAAGGAUCUGCUGAUUUUAGUUCAGAUCAUGCUCUUUUGUUUUGUUAGAAUCGCAAUGUUUGCUCAACCUCCCGAAUUAAAACCUAAGAGGAGUGCAUUAACAAUUCUGCAACCAAAAUUGAA